AUUCGCCCGGAAUAUCCAUACUGUCACUAUCAGCGUUCCAUCCUGGAUAAUCGUGCGGGUACAGGUCGCGCACAUGAUCCGGAUGAUGGAACGAGGUUUGUGGUGAGGAGCUUGGACCUCCGCUCCGAAGCUACCUGACGUAGCUAAUUACCUGUAGCAAUUGGAUCUCAACAUAUAGACACAGACUGCUCCAAGUAACAUCUUCAUUCAAGUACAAUCUACACGAUACCCGGCGAGAGAUGAUGCGCCGGAUAUCCUUUAGCCAUGCCGAAACCUACUGCUGAUUGGGAACGUUUAGACCAGGGCUACUACCGCAAAGUCCAGCUCUAUACCUCCGUCUUCGAUCAAGACCUGGACUUGGAGAAUCACCAUGUUGUCGGAGCUCCAUAUAGUGGUGCUGUAGCCAUCUACCGGAAGGAGGAGAAUCUCCAUUUGUACCGAGGGAUACAGAGCGCGAAGCCUACGAUAGACUUAUAUAGCUGCGCGGGCAAACUACUGCGGCGCAUUAACUGGGACAAAGGAUCAAUCAAAGGGCUGGGUUGGUCAGAAGACGAAAAGCUCUUGGUCGUCACAGAGGACGGUACAGUCCGCGUGUAUUAUGGGCUUCAAGGAGAUUUCAUCCCCUUCUCACUGGGACAUGGUGCGGAAGAACAUGGUGUGAAGAGCUGUCGGUUUUACUCCUCUGGUUUCGUCGCGCUACUAGGCAACAACCAUUUGGUCACAGUCUCAAGAUAUGAUGAGCCUCGCCCAAAGAUCCUUGCCACCCCUCCCUCCGAACCUGUCAUAUCAUGGAAUAUUAUCUCGCCUGCCUACUCACUUUCUCGGUCCGUUGAAGUACUCCUAGCGAUCGGCGAAACAAUACAUGUGGUGGAUGCAACGGAAUCUGAAGAUCGCAUGCUGCAAAACGGUCCGUUCAAGCACUUGGGCGUGUCUCCCAAUGGCAAAUAUAUCGCUAUGUACACAGACGAUGGGAAAGUCUGGGUCGUAACGAGCGACUUCCAAAAUAAACUAUCUGAAUAUGACUCCAAUACUGCUAUGAGUCCAAAGGACCUGCAGUGGUGUGGCAACGAUGCCGUAGUACUGUCAUGGGAAGAUGAAGUUCAUCUAGUGGGACCCAAUGGCUCAGCCAUAAAGUACUUCUACGACGACUUUGUACAUCUGAUCUCAGAUGUGGACGGCGUAAGGCUUCUUACUAGUGACGUUUGCGAAUUCUUACAGAAAGUGCCAAAUGCAUCACAGGAAGUGUUCCGGCUAACAUCAGAUACUGUACCUUCGAAAUUACUAGAUGCUGCGGAGCAUCUGGAGAAGAAAUCACCUAAAGCGGACGACAUCAUUCAGCAGAUCCGAUCAAAUCUCGACGAAGCUGUUGACAUAUGUAUGAGAGCUGCGGGUCAUGAGUAUUCGAUACAUUGGCAGAAAGCACUCCUUCGAGCCGCGUCGUUCGGGAAAUCGGUCCUGGAUCUCUACAACAGCGAUGACUAUGUCGACAUGUGCGAGACGUUGCGAGUACUCAAUGGAGUACGGUUCUACGCAAUCGGCAUUCCAUUAUCAUACGAGCAAUACAGACGAUUGACUCCGGAGAAGCUAGUGGAACGCCUGACGAAUCGACACGAAUACCUUCUGGCUCUGAAAAUCUCACAAUAUCUGAGGCUACCAACAGAUAGCAUAUAUGUUCACUGGGCUAGUCAAAAAGUGCGUGCAUCUUCGGAAGACGAGGAGAGUAUAUGUCGCAUCAUUGUGAAGAGACUCGAAGAUAAGAAUGGCGUCUCGUUUGAGAAGAUUGCUCGCGCAGCUUACGACGAAGGCCGCGCACGCCUCGCCACUGAGCUUCUGAAUUAUGAACCUCGAGCCGGCAAGCAGGUACCAUUACUGUUAUCCAUGAAAGAAGACACGAUAGCUCUUGACAAAGCCAUUGAGAGCGGAGACACCGAUCUAAUAUUCUACGUACUCUUACAUCUCAAGAAGAAGCUCCCUUUAGCAAGCUUCUUUCGCAUAAUCAACCCGCGUCCGGUCGCCAGUGCACUCGUCGAAUCGUCUGCCCUACACAACGACACUGAACUUCUGAAAGACCUCUACUAUCAAGAUGACCGCCGCAUCGAAGGUGCCAACCUCCUGGUCUCCGAAGCCCUCGCACAGCCGACCGUAGUCGCCCAAAUCGACAAGCUCAAGCUCUCCUCAAAGCUCCUGUCCGACUCAAAAAACCAGCAAUUCCAAGUCAAAGCAAUAAAUGAAACACAGCAAUUACUACGAACACAGGAUGCGCUUGAGAAGGAACUCGAUGGUAGCUCCUUCAUCGGCAAAAGCGUCAACGAGACCGUACUUAGCCUCGUCAAGAACGGACAUUCUAAGCGCGCGGCGAAAGUCAUGAGCGACUUCAAAGUCCCCGAAAAGACGCAGUGGUGGCUCAGAUUACGUGGUUUGGUUCAAGCACGCUAUUGGACCGAAUUGGAGGAGAUGAGCAAGACCAAGAAGAGUCCUAUAGGAUGGGAGCCGUUUUUCAAUGCCCUCCUCGCCGCCGGGAAUACGCGCCUCGCUGGUACAUUCAUCCCGAAAUGCACCUCCCUAUCUGUUGGCGAACGCAUCGAUAUGUGGGUCAAAUGUGGCAUGAUUAAGCAAGCAGGAGAAGAGGCACUUAAGGCCAAGGAUAUGGCUGCGUUGGAAAGCCUGCGAGCAAAAGCGACAGGGACGGGCGCGACGGAGAUCGAGAGGUUGAUUAAUCAGUUGAAGCAGGGGAGGCGGUAAAUAUCAUUUCUACAUGGUGUCUGAUAAAGAGGCAACUCCAUGUACUUGAUGUAAUGGAAGCGCCCAAUUGAGUCUGGUUAACGCAACUUAGUUGCGGGCGCAUACGUCAGCGCUGUGAAGUAUCAGCUGGCUAAUACAGCGUACUCGUUUUGGGGCAAGUGCUUGUCUUAUUCCAGGUUAAAGAUAUACUAUCGAAUAUGGAAAUGUAUAACUGCACA